ACAAAAGUGCAGAUGGUCAAUCUAACCCUAGGUCCUUCUAUUCAUUUUGUCACCCAUCCCUCCAAAAUCAAGACAUGACCUUCAUCAAGGCAAAACGCAUUCCUUGUUUUGACUUCUCCAAAUUUACUGCAGGGGCUGCCACGGGUCGAGAAGCGUUUUCAUACUCCGUUCUAAAAGCAUUCCAGGAGUAUGGUUUCAUUCAACUGACAAACCAUGGCAUCGAAGGCCAAUUUGUGGACAGGCUGUUUAAAUGGAACAGAGAAUUAUUUGCCCUCCCUGCCGAGGCCAAACUCAAGGCUGCCCACCCACCGCAGCCCAAUCCGCAUCGAGGUUACUCUGCGGUUGGUCAGGAGAAACUGUCUAUGGUUUCUGGCUUUGAGAAAGGCAUUAGGACGAACAAGACGAUUUUUGAUCUAAAGGAAUCUUUCGAUCAAGGCAGUGCGGAUGAUGACCGGUACCCCAAUAUCUGGCCGGAUGAAACCGAUCUCCCAGGAUUCAGAAAGUUCAUGGAGACGACUUAUGAACGAAUGCAUUUGGUACACAUGGAACUUCUCCAUGUCUUGGAAACUGCGCUGCAUCUGGAAGCCGGAUUCUUUCAGGACAAGUGUCGUGAAAACACCAGCGAGCUCCGCCUUAACCACUAUCCAGCCUGUGAAACUGCACAGAUCUGCGAGCAAGGCGCCAUGCGGAUUUCCGAGCACUCGGACUUUGGGACUUUAACUUUACUGUUUCAAGACGCUGUUGGGGGAUUAGAAGUCGAGGACCAGGCAUCAUACGGACAAUUCAUCCCCAUCGAGCCGACGACGGCAGAUGUCUUGAUCGUCAAUGUGGGCGACUGCUUACAACGGUGGACGAAUGCUCUCGUGCGCUCGGCAAAUCACCGAGUGCGACUGCCUCCACAUGCGACAGAGGCGAUUCUCGCGGAUCGGUACAGUGUGGCUUACUUUGGUAAACCCAGUCGGGCGGAGAGUGUUGGUCCUUUGGAACAGUUUAUAUCCAACGAGUCACCGGCGAAAUACGAGCAUCUAUCGGCCUGGGAGUAUAAUCAGAGUAAACUGCUACGAACAUACUAGUAAGAGGCGGAUUUCUCAACCCGCAUUACCGCUAUGGCCUGUUGAGAUUCGUCUUGAAAAGGUCCCUUGCCCUAUCUAAACUGCAUUACCCUGACCAUACGAAUUCUUCACAAGUCUCCCACUGUGUCGUCUUUUGGCCAAGGAAGGCGGUUCAGUAAAACUGUCAAUCUUGCUUCACGAGGAGGCUACAUAUCUUGAAUUACUACAUUGUAGUAUUGUCUUAUUGUCGCACUGCGAAUCAGUGUAG